GAUUUAUUUUUAUCCAUCCCACGUGAUUACGUGUGGCCAAAAUGGCGGAAGGUGGUGGUGAGGAAAAACAGUUUCUGGGGAAAUUAGUGCGAAACCAAACAAAAUAUGGAACAAAUUCACGAUUAACACAGAAAAACUCAACCUAUAUAAAACAUUCCAUUGUAAAAGGAGAUACUCUCCAAGGCAUUUCGCUCAAAUAUGGAACUACGGUGGAACAAAUAAAAAGAGAAAACCAACUAUGGACAAAUGAUAGUUUAUUUUUACGAGAGCAUUUAUUUAUUCCGGUGCAAAAUGAGGAUGUCUCUUCAAUACCUGACCGUUAUGAAACAGUUGUGAUAGACCCAGUGUCACGGACAAGAUCCGCUAGUCAAAAAUCAAACACAAGUACUAAAAGUAACGAAAGUGAAAAAAACGUGCCAAAAGAUUCAUCUUCAUCUACAUCUCAAAAAGCCUCGGCAAAUGGCGAAUCAGGAAUGGACUUUUUAUCAAAAUAUGACGCUUCUAUUGCACAAUUAAAAUCUAACGUCAACCAGAUGGAAAAAAAUGCAAGGAGCCUUCCCAACAAUGUUAUUGACAAUGAUUUUACAUAUCGACGAAAGUCAUCAUCUCAGCGAUCUGCAAACAGCAUAAAUUCUAAUAUACGGAAGAGUUCUUUUGAUAGCAAUGGUCAACUCCCGUCUUUUUACGAAAACGAUGGGUACAGCGGCAGUGACAAGGACUUGACCAGUUCCCCUGUUCUUGUGAUAAAGUCAAAAAGUUCUACGAGAAGAGUCAAAACAUCAUUGGACCGAAUUGCAAGACAGAAUGAUGAAAUUUUUGAGUUGUGAUAUAUGUUUAAUUUAGUUUAUUAUCAGCAAGUAUUGUCAGGCAAUUUUUUUUUUAUAGAACAUGUAUUCUAAUGGUCAAAUCUGAAACAUUUUUCUUUAUUAUAUGCAACUUGAAUUUCUUUUUAUUCAAAAAUAUAACUCUAUAAGUUUUGUAAUUAUAAACUUUUGUUUUCCUAAUUCCUAUAAUCUUACACUCUUUUACAAAUUUAUUCCAAAUUCCAUUUAUGACAAAGUCUUCUAUUCUUAAUUUUUGUUUUUUCGAACGCUUGUAUUCCUAAUUCCUGUAACUUCAAACUCAUUUAUUCAUGUUAAUCUUAUUCCUGUAAUCUCAAACUCAUAUAUAUUUAUAAUUCCUGUUAUCUAUAACUCUUAUAUUUCAAACUCCUGUUCUCUCAACCUAAAAUUAUGGCCCCAUUAUAAUUAUAUUUACUCUUGAUUUCUCCAAACUCCUGUUAUCUCAAAUUAUUUUGUAAGUUGAGGAAUUGUACUUAAAAUGAGUUGUACUUAAUCUAGGGUUUCUGUUUAGGAGGUUAAAAAACGUUUGAAAUGGGUUUAGGUUCAGAUUACAUUUUCAAUCUUAUCCCUCUUAUUUAUACUGGGGGUUCUAUUUUUGACAAUUUCAACUCUUUAUAUUGAAUAAAUUGACAAAAUGAAACAUUAAGAAUAAGAGGGUAAAGGGUUAUAUUCUUUCAAAGUGCUUGCAAUUUCAUUUAACUUGUUUUCAUGCUUGCAGUUUGCGAUGUUAUUCAAGGUUUUUCAUGCAAAUUGAUGGAAAAACCAGGUGCUUGUUAUUUUUCUAAUUUUUUUUUUCAUUGUUGAAAAGAUUUUUUUAUUUGUACUUAAUAUAUACACAUACACCCAUUUCAUUUGCCUUUACAACCCCCACAAAGAUAAAAACAAAAACAAAAAAACACCAUAAUCUUUAUUUUUAUUUGGUUAAUUGAUUAGUAAUUUGCCGCUUCAGAAAUUGUUCCUGUUGUUAGCGAUACAUUUGUACAAGUUGUUUCCCUUAUGGGUAGAGGUAUGUUAAUUUUCAUUGCAAACGAACUGUAAUUUUUUUUCAAAAUCUUUUAAUAUACAUGUUAUUACAUAGACCUUUAUAAAACUUUUUGUUUUUAUAUAACAAUAGUAAUUUUUCAUGAAAUAUUUGUUUAAAUGUCGUAUACAUAUAUAUAUAUAUAUAUAUAUAAACGAGUCUAAAUUGAAAACUACGUUCAAAUCUAUUAUAAUUAACAAUUUUUUUCCCACAAAAGGAGAGCCUGGGUCCCCUUUCACUCCUUGGAUCCGCUUAUGUUUGGUAUACAAUAUAACUAUACCAUGUUGGCAAAGGGGAAAUAACUUGUGUUAAAAAUAUGUAAUAACAGAAUCAAAUCAGAAAUUGUUGAAAAGACUAUUUAUCUAAAGACAAUACUUGCUGAUUUAAUUCUAUCGGGGACAGUGUAUAAUUGUAUUUCAUGCUGUUGAAAAAUUUCCAAAUCAAAAACUGUCCUGUCCUAAUUGGGAUUUGAAUCAAUAUUAAAUGUCUGAACUAUUUUUUAAUUAUUAGCAGUGAAGAGAUGUCUCUGCCACUAGUAAAUACAAUGAUAUUUAAGAGGUUAAACCAGAUUUUUUUUAAAAGGGGUUAUUGUUUGUUUCAUUAACUUACAUUCAUUUGAUUUAUUAAAAAAAAAAAAAGGACCCUGAUGAAUCUGCAAAUGAUUUCAAUACUUUCCCCCCAAAUCUAAAUAUUUGAGAUUUUUUAUUCCACUUACAAAAAAAAUGUCAAAAAUAUUUCAUUGCCAAUUCAGAGGGAGAGAUUAUAGAACCUCCUUCUUUUUAAAUAUGUUUCCUUCUUAAUUUUUACCAUAGGCAAGGGAGACAAUUCAGUUUUUGAUUUGUAGAUUUUUAUUUCAUCAUUCAUGUGUAUAAAUUGUUUGAGCUGUGAUAUGUAAGCAUAAUUAUAAAUAUAUAUAUAUAAGUAAUGCAAAUUUUUAUCAUUGAAUGUAAAUAAAACAGGAAUUCAUUCAUUGUAUACUGUAUAUAUUGGGUUUUAUGACUGUCUAAAGUUAAGCUCACCAGGGUUUUAUGACUGUCUAUAGUUUAGCUCACCUGGCACAAAGGGCCAGAUGAGCUUUUCUCCUUACUUUGCAUCUGUCAUCUAUGUAGAUGUUGUUGGUUAAUUUUUACCAAAAAAUACUGGGUCAAAUUAAACCAAACUUGGUCACAAUCAUCAUUUGGUUAAUUGGUUUACCAAAUGUGACCAAUUACCAGCCUGCCAACCAAUAUGGCCAACAUGAAUUAAAAGUACAUAAAAAUUUAAGUUUGGUCUAUUAUCCAAUAAAUUAUUAUGAAUAGAGAAAAUCUGGCAGUUUUGACGUAAAAGGCCAGUAUCUUAUCGUUCUGAAAUGAUUUUACCCUGUCUGAUUUUCUCUGAUUUUCUUACAAUUUUUUUUGUCUAUAUCAUGUACUAUUUUGAAAAUACAAUAGAAAGAUAGAAGCUUUAAGCAAAAAUGAUUAGCAAGACAGAAUUUUAGAAUAAGAUAGCACUUAAUACCAAGUUACGUUUUUCCUUAAUAUCAUAAAAACUAUUAUGAAUAGAUAGAAACGUUUAAAACAAAAAUAAUAAGCAAGACUUAGAUCAACAAGUAAGUCUUAAUAGUAUUUGACUCCUCAUUUGAAAUUUAUUGCUCUUUAAUGAUUAUUUUCACAAAAUCAUUUGUGUUCAUGCUCAUUGCUGAUAUUACACCUGAACCUAGGUGAGCGACACAUGCUCUAUGGAACCACUAGAUUGUGAAUGAGCUACUUUUAGCUGCAAUGCCAACCAAUUUCAGAUUAAUCAUUUUGUUUUUCAUUUUCACCAUCUUUUUAGGAAGAGAAAUAUUUUUCCCAGAAUGAGUCAGGAUAAUAAUAAUACUAUGCAAAACUCUGCUUACCUGGAUACAAUUUUACUCAACUGGUUUACAUAAAUUUUUUGACUGUGAGAAGCCUUCAGAAUAUAUUUAUUUGUCUUUGAAAUUGUGUUAUAGUGUAGGCGGGAUUAUUCAGGCACAGUAUCUCUGAUGAGAUAUGUUGAUUUUUUUUGAAAUUUUAGAUUUGAAUACCUAUUCUAGCCAGGUACAAGCUACAUAAAAAAAUAAUCUACAAAAACCUAAUUUAGUAUAAUUUCCCCUUUAACAGGGUUCAUAAAAAAGAAGGGGUGUAUGUUCUGUAUUUUCACAUGUGUGGAAAGUAACUUACAAAUAUAAAUAUACCUAUCAUUAUGUAUGAAGAAUAUGGCUUUUAGUAAUUAGUAAACAAACUGUAACAGAAUAAUUUGUAGAAAAUGGCAUUUGAUAUUCUUAAUGACAAAUAUUUGUUAUUUGAUAAAAAUAACCAGAAAAUUGUUUAGUUGCUGUAAAUAGAUCAAAGAUAAUAAAAGAAGAAAUGUGAAAUUUUAUAAUGUUGUUUAUGUGUAAGAUAUAAGUGCUACAAGCAGUAUAAAUAUAUCAUUGAAAGGUCACAUCAAAUAAAAGAUUAGAAAGAAUA